UAUAAAAUCAACACAACCCUUCAACCUUCUACGUGACACCACAAAAUAAUAAACCACCCCCUUCUGCUAGUAUACUACUCCACUCAUUUUCUUCAUCUAUUUUCUCUCUUAUUUCUCAUACAAUUACACACUAACUACUUUAGAAGAAACAACCCACCAAGCCAUAUCAUAUUAUACAUAUUUAAGCAAGUACACAGAAAAAAAAUACAUACAUACAUAUAUACCAAGAUGGAACGCAUAACAAAAUUGGCAUCACAAAAAGCUGUGGUGAUCUUCAGCAAGAGCUCGUGUGGGAUGAGCCAUGCAAUUAAGAGGCUGUUCUACGAGCAAGGUGUGGGCCCCGCAAUCUAUGAGCUUGAUGAGGACACAAGAGGGAAGGAAAUGGAAUGGGCUCUGAUGAGACUCGGGUGCAACCCUUCUGUGCCAGCAGUGUUCGUUGGUGGCAAGUUUGUGGGUUCAGCCAACACGGUCAUGACCCUUCACCUCAAUGGCUCACUCAAGAAAAUGCUCAGAGAUGCUGGUGCUCUAUGGCUUUAGCUAGAAACCUCAUCAUGUAUUCCUACGUACAUAACGUGAUGUCACAUUCUAGGGCAAUGCAAACUGCUAACCAAACACGGCCUUAGCUGAAACCUAGCUAGUUGAUUAUCUGUAUUGUAAUAUAGCCUAGUUUUCUUUCUUCCUCUUUUUUUGAGUCCCGGCGGCUUUUGGAACCUACAUUGUACCAGAAUAAUAUCUAGAGAGUGUGCUCUAAUAUAAUGCUUAGUUCUAUAACUUUUUGGGUGCAA